AUGACGACGCGGCACCAGUCCCUCCAAUCCACGUACUCCGCCCGUGCGGAGAGGGCGACACAUCCCCUCAAUGCCUACCUCUUCCGCCUGAUGGACCUCAAGGCCUCGAACCUGUGCCUAUCAGCCGACGUCACCAAUGCCCGCGAACUCCUAUACCUCGCCGACAAGGUCGGCCCGUCCAUUGUCGUGCUCAAGACGCACUACGACUUGAUUUCCGGGUGGGACUACAACCCGCAGACGGGCACCGGCGCCAAGCUCGCCGCGCUGGCACGCAAGCACGGCUUCCUGAUAUUCGAGGACCGCAAGUUCUGCGACAUUGGCAAGACCGUGCAGAUGCAGUACACGGCGGGCACGGCGCGGAUCGUCGAGUGGGCGCACAUCACCAACAUGAACAUCUCCGCCGGCAAGGACGCCGUGACCGCGCUGGCGGAGGCGGCCGCCAAGUGGAAGGAGAGGAUCAACUACGAGGUCAAGACGAGCGUGACGGUCGGCACGCCGGUCAACGAGAGCUUCGACGACACCGACGGCGAGGAGAGCCACCUCGACGCGCCCGACCCGAGCCGGACAGCGGGUGCAAGGGACCCAGACGGCAGGAAGGGCAGCAUCGUGUCCGUCACAACAGUCACGCAGUCGUUCGAGCCGGCCGACUCCCCGAGGCUGUCCAAGAGCAUGGCAGAUGGCGACGACAUUCUAUACCCCGGGAUUGAAGAGGCUCCUUCCGACAGAGGCCUGCUCAUCCUAGCGCAGAUGUCCUCAAAGGGCUGCCUGAUGACGCCCGACUACACACAGGCGUGUGUGGAGGCCGCGCGGGAGCACAAGGACUUCGUCAUGGGCUAUGUGGCUCAGGAGAGCCUGAACAGCGAGGCAGGCGAGGACUUCAUCCACAUGACUCCGGGGUGCAAGCUGCCACCAGAGGGCGAGGAGGAGAACGGCCACCUCGAAGGCGACGGGCUGGGCCAGCAGUACAACACUCCGUCAAAGCUGAUCACUCUGAAGGGUACUGACAUCGUGAUUGUCGGCCGAGGCAUCAUCAAGGCUGGCGACCCGCCGUCUGAGGCAGAGAGGUAUAGGAGGAAAGCUUGGAAGGCGUACCUUGCGCGGAUACAGUAA